AGCCAACGCGGGUUGCCAUCGCUGAGAGUGGAUGCUGCUUCGCGAUCAAAAUUUUGACGUCUCAUAAACAGAAAAAUGGAAGAGGACAUAUUAUGCGAAUGUUGAAGUUUUUUGUGUGAAAUUCUUUUCCUGUUUGCGCGAGCUAAAAGUGAAUUUUGAACAGCAGAUUUGCAGCGCUGGUAUUCGCCAAUUGGAACGAUUAUGUGAACCGCAGGAGGGCAGUAGUCGAUUGAUGCCUGGCCGCGAGUGAAAAAAAAUAGUGGACAGUGUUUGGGAAGAAGCGCCAGGUUUUUCUUAUUUUUACCCACGGACACAAAGUUUGACUUUUCUCUCGGUGCGAAACGUUCUUGUGCAAAGGAAGAAAAUACCUACGUGAAGACUCGCGUUUCCCCCGUUUGGGUAGGAUGUGGCCAAUCAAGCUGGACAUGACCCGGGACGAGUGCCGAGGAGUCCUGCGGAGGCUUGAAUUGGAGUCCUAUUCUAGUGUUAUGAGUACAUUUCGUGCGCAGGGAGGACUGUGCAAGGAAAAAGCGCGAAUUCUGGAGGAUUUGCGGAAGCUGCUGCACAUCUCGCAGGAUCGGCACAAGGCCGAAGCGCGCCGGGUGGCCAACGAUGAGCGGCUAACGACGGUGGCCGAAAUAAUAUCUGGUCCAAACAGCGUCCAGGAUUGGUGUCGAGAAGGUCGUCGCACGUUUCCGAUCCUUCCUCGAACGGCUCCAUAUACAGCUCUGACAUAUAUAGCCAACACCGUUUGUGAGCAGAUCACCAGGGAGAAUGCUAAAUUACCCCACCCCUUUGAAACAUCUCAAAAUAGGCUCCAAAAGGAGCAAGAGGAAGAAAAGCAGAAAGCACUGGAACAGCAAAAGGUACAGGAACAGAAUGUACCGCAACCAACUCCACCAAAAACGGAAGUGGAACCACAGAUUGGUGCAGCAGCAGUUACGGCACAGGAAUCAGUGAAGGAGAUUCCACCACCACCGCUGGUGGUCAUGUUAGAUCCUUUUGUUGAGGCUGCCAACAAAAGCUACAUCAAUAAUGAUUUAAAAAGGUCAUACCCUGAGGAACCGAUUCCAACGCCCAGUAUAGCUAAUACUGUCGAGGAUGAUUCUCCCCUAAAAAAGAAACCUCAAUUAUAUCAAGAACUUCAAAAGCAAGAACCCUCAUUUCACCCGCCUCCAAUUGUUACUUUCCACACUCAACCUUAUUCUCCGUUGCAAUCUUUACCACAGCAGCAACUUCACUUUCCCCUCCCAAAACAACUUUUGUCUCCUAAUAAGAGUCUACCAUCUCCGACAAACUUUGGACCAGUUUUGGCAAACAACAACCUUAACAUCAACACUAACAAUAACAACAUUUUAACCACCACUAAACCGACAAAGGCCAGCACUAAAAACACCGAAAGGCAACGGAAGACAUCCGGAUCAUCUAGGAAGAAUCAAAGUAAAGCUAAAACUCCAUACCAGACGAAACAAUCGGCCAAAGCGGACAAAAAUAUGGCUCAGCAACAACAGCAACCGCAACAGCCAAUCCCGAUUCAGUCAAAGAUGCCGCCUGCUGGUAAUAGUGGUAAAGGAGCUAACGUAAGCAGCCCACACUUGAUUCACUCCUACGCGAGUCCACUGCUUCCUUACGAAAUUCCUCCACAUCCAGGAAGUCUCGAAAUGUCACAGGAACCGUUACAGCUUCAGAAGCAUCUCACUUCGAACAUUGUCUAUCAAACGCAGUCUUCAACUGGACAGCAAGCGGCGUACGGUGUCCUGCCGGGAAUUCCGAUCAAAUCUCAACAGCCCACCAGUGGACCACCAUACAACGUUCAACAACCACAGGGUCACCCGAAUGCCAACAUGCCUACGAGUGUUGUUUUUGACCAACAGCAUAUACUCCCAUCAUCUAAGAAGGACAUACAAUACAAUCUUACCAAGCUUAAUCCUACGAAUGCAGUACCUUUGAAGAACAACGUGAACAUACCAUUGAAACCGGCAAGUCCUUCAAUUAUACCAGGAAAAGGCCAUCCCCUGUUGAAUUACCAGAAGAAAUCCCCUUCAAAGAAUGUAUUGAUUCCAACAUCAUCCGCAGCAGCUACCUUAGCCAGCUUGGGAAUCCCCAAAACGAUCCAGAGGAAGGAUUCACUAAGCAAGUCUCGUGAUUCUGAUCUUAUCGUCAAUCCUGCUGACAUACCCAACCCGAAGAUCAUUUUCUCCACAUCGGCACCGGCCUCUCACCAAGAUUCGUCCAGCAAUAUACCACCUGGAAAUCAGAUAACCAUAUUAGAUCAAAUAACGUUGCAUCCACCGAACACGAUAAUCCAGGCGUCGACUUCCGGUGGGGUAACGAUCAUACCUUCAUCGUCCCAUACCUCAAUCAGCCACAUUACCCCCAAUCCCCCAGCAUUGCUCACGAACACGAUGGCACUGAAUGUGCCCAUAUCGAAACCGGUCGCUACCCCUGUUACACCCGUCGCUAACAAGGUGGUCACGUUGAAGGGACCCAAUCUGGUAGGAUUUACACCGGUCAAGAGUGGAAGCAAGUUGUCCGUACAUAAGCUGCAGCUCAUGCCGAUUGGAGCAACCGGAGCCAAAAACAACGUUAUCGUUUUACCGGCCAAAAGUACGAGCGGUGGCACUUUGAACCCAGGACAGAAGAUAACCAUCCCCAAGAGUGUGGUCGAAACGAAUGCCAACAUCUUGAGUCCGCCCAAAGUCAUUGUCCAGCAACAACCGGAUAUCAACAAUAUUGUAGUACUGGACAUUGGAGCAGACCAAAAGUUCAAAACAACCAGCAAUUCGAUGAACUUGCCGCAUAAGCCACCACCUGCAAACAAAUCCGUCAUCACCGAAGAUACGCCGGUCGAUAUAGUUGCCACACCCAUCGAUGUAGUCACAGGAGCAGUUAAACUGCAGGAACUCUCCAAAGGUUUCCUCUCGCCUGCUUCAACAUCAACCUCGACUAGCUCGAUCGCAUCUUCGCUAACGGAAAAACUGGCUAAACCGAUGGGAAAGUACAACAACAACGCAAAUCUUACGAAGGCAACUAAAUUCGAAGCAGACAGCACAGCACCCGGUCCAUCCGUUACCGUCACCAAAAAAUCCAAGGCAAACCAUCAGGGACGGGCCACCACCGUACCUAAUAGCAAAAGCAAAUCAAAACCAACCCCUGCCCAAGCGAGUUCAACAACGGCCGGACGGACAGCAGGUUCUGCUACGAUGAGUUCAACCGAUUGGGAGCUCGAGCUUGAUCAAGCCAAUCAAGUUCACAACCUUAAAUCCAACAAUGUCAUGCCGAAGACCACCCACAAAUCCGCUCCCAAAUCCAAUCCUCCGGCAACACCCACCCCCAUUGCCCCCAAACCGAUCAUUGCAACCACCCCCACUAGCAAUAUCCGCAAAGCAGUGCAACCCCUUUCGUCGAGCUCGAUCAGCUCCACGUCUACACCGAUCGCGGAUAAGUCCGCAAUCCCACUCGAGACGGCGAGGCUUCCUCUUCAUCGACCGGCAUCUACCACCGCCGUCUCAACGAUACCCGCCGUAGCGUUACCCGUUGUCACGAUGGCGGCAGCCACGCCCCCCAAAACCGUUAUUUCCCUUCCAACCCUGCUGACGACGUCGCCGCCGAACGAACGGAGUGACGACACUUCCGCCACGGAUUCGGCCGAUGCCGAGGAGGAUCCCGAGGUGGAGGAAGAAGAAGACGACGACGAGUGCGGAGCCAUCGAGGAGGAGAUGAUCAUCGACGAGGAGCACUUCAACGAGGUGAUCGAGGAGGAUCCGGACCCGGACGAGACAUUUAACGAACAGGACAUCCACGGCGAGCGGGUCGAGAUCGUCAGCGUUGGUUACGACACAUCGCGGGCGUUGAUCGCCGAUCUCGAAGGAGCGGACGGAGUUGGCAGUCCGGUAAUUGUCCAGGAAGGCCGCACUAUCGUGUAUGACAAGGCCGGCAACGGCAACGUAGAAAUCAACCCAUCUAGUAUGAACUUUGAGCAGUACAUCGAGGAAGCGGGCGAAACCGAUGGCGACGGCGAACACAUUGAAGUCGAUGCGAGGAGAACCGCCUUGCCCGGAGCGGUAAUGGCCGGCAGCAAUAGCAGCAACAAGAACAUCAUGUUCGAAAUGAUGGAAAUUGAUGCUGACGGAAAUAAGCAUACGCGAACGGUGUCGUACGAAGAGGCACUGGCCGAAGGGCAGAUAAUGGUCGCCUCAGAAGAACCGAUCAAGGGUAGCACGUCAGGAACAACGGGGACAGUGGCCAAGGGUAGGACGAAACCAACGUCUUAAGUCGGGGCCUUUGGGAUGUUACAUACGCAUUACUAGGUAAUUAUUCAUCAUCAAGAGAGCAGGCCAUAUAUAUGUUAAACUGAUGCAGACAGCGUAUAUUCCUUGCCACCGGUGCAAGGUCGGGGUUAUAUUUAUUUUAGCAUACGUCUAAGCAGCAUCGGUCACCUCUGAUAAAAAAGAAGCAUAUGUUUUGCUUGAAUCUAUUCGAACGAACUCCAAAAUUUACAACCCUUAUUGAGAACCGACACAGAGAAUAUCUUGUUAUAAUGAAUAGUGUUGAGUAUAUUUCUACAGCCGGUUUAGGUUUCUUUUUUACAAACUGAUAAACAAUUGUGGCGUGUGUCCUAUAUGACUACUUAUAGUUAUUAUUUCUCUAAUACGUAUUCAGUUUGAGAGCUUUGCUUGAUAGACGUUAAGGAUUAAAUUUGUUUAAGAAAAUGGUAAAACAAAAUAUUGCACAGAAGUUCUGGUGACAAGUUGUUAAGUUUUUAAAACGACGGAAAAUAUAAAGAAUUUUGCUAUUAUUAAUGCGAUACUUUAAUAAGGCAAACAAUGCAAAUUUUAUUGAUUUGUUAUUUUCGUUUCCGUGUUAAACAGACUUUAUACUCUUUAAAAAAACUUUAUUUUUUGGUUCGUGAGAUUGCAGGAAUGUUUCCUUUUCGGUAAUUAAGGCGAAAGAGGUUGCGAUCCCCAAAGAAGCUGCAUCGCGUGCUACGUCAUGGCUGAAUGUGGCCCCUUAAGAUUCUCAAUCGCGACACAUUGCGAUCAAUUACAUCCGGAUCCGUUCUGAACUUGCCAAACCUGAAAGCUUUCCAAUCGCUAGAUCUCAAACGGGAAUCGUUCUAGGGUGUUACAACAGUUAAAUUUCCCUACUCGUUUUCUCCUGCAGUGGUUUUGUAUUUUUCUGAAGAUCGCAUCGAAAUCGCAAACUAUUAGGGGUUGAUUUUGUUUUUCUAUCCUCCAUUAAACUGUAAAAUUCAACUCGAAAAAGUAAUCAAAAGUUAUGGUGGUUAAAUUUUAUAUCUAGCAACAAGUGUUAGUUAUAGAUGAUCAGAUAGAUCAAUUACAAUUUUCACAAACAAAUAUCCUGCUUAUGAAUAUUCGACGUUUGUUACAUGGCGUAAUCUAUGAUGGAAUCGAUCACUUGCUUCUAACGCAAAUUGAAGGCAUUAUUCCGUGUUUUUAAGUCUAGCAGACUCGUAGUUCUUCAAUGAAACUAGAAUAUUGCAGAGUAUAUCUUGAGAUCACCACUACAGUGCAGACAGAAUCGCUAAUCGACCACUAUUUGAUUGAUGGAACCCAUUUCUCCAAGACAAUCGACGUCAGAACCUAUCGUGGCGCUAAAAAGACUUCGACCGCUGGUGAUGGUGAAAUUGCGUCAAAAACUAUCCGUCGUCAACGAUGUACGGCACCGACGCCCGCCACGGACGUUACAAUCUUCCGCGACUGAAACAAUCGCGAGCUGAAAUGUACAGGGAUAAGGAUGGGCGUUUGGUGAUCGAAAGGUAAAAGCAGCACUAUGUUGAACACUUGAAUGGUGCAGAGGUUAACGGCACAGAGGGUUAUGACAGCGAUGGUGAUGGUUAACUCAGCACAACGGACAGAGAAAACCACCCACCUCCCAAAAAGGUUGGUCUCUUGCAUACUCCGGCUAGGUAUUAUCGUAAGGGGUGGUACAUUAAUUGAGUUAGGAAUUAUGGGGGGAGGGGUGUUUGAGAUUUCUUACGUGUCAUACAAAUUAUUUUCGAUUUUCAUACAAAAAAUCUAAUCUUGGGGGGAGGUGGGGUUAAAAAAUCAUUAAAAUUCUGUUACGUAAUUAAUGGACCAUCCCUGAACGCCGCCAACAAAGUGCUAUUCCAGUUUACCUUUAGUCGGCUAUCACCUAUAGCAAUAGUUCUUGGCAAAUUAUCAAGCAGAUUUUAUUAACGGCUCGUUCCACAAAGGAUCAAAUCUUUUCCUUGCGGAAAUUCUUUCACAAACGUCGCAAGUACCAGUUCGUUCGAAUCUAGACGGGAAUUACGACAUGAAUAUGGGCCCUCGUGUCUGUUGUUCAAUAUUGGACUGAAAGUUAUCAUACGGCGAGCCGGGCAUAACAUCCAGGUAUUAUUUUUACGAAAUCCUAUCAGUUGUUUGCUUCUCAGAAAAAUAUCGUAGUGAAAAGAAAAUUGUAAAAGUUUCAUUAAGAUUUGAACAUAUUCCAAUCCUCUGGAAUUUUUUGAUUGUUCAUAUGGAAAACGAGUUUGGAAACUUCACACCCCAUUUUCUCAAUGCCUGCUUUUUACAGAUGGGACUGACUUGCGAUUCACUACAGUACACUUAGUCGUAAUCUUAAAAACAUGAAUGUUAUAAAGCUUGGCGAUGGUUUCCAACAAUCUUCUUAAUAAAUAUGUGAUCAUUUGAUACUCCAACACCCUACUUCUUAUAUAGAUUUCAUAGAACGCGUGCAUGGCAGCUUCACGGGAUUCGCAACCCAUUUGGAAUGAUUGCGCGUUGAAAUAGUGUAACAUGUUGAAAGAAUUUAGCUAAGGCGAAAACUCAAUUGUAAAUUUGCAUGUACAUAGUAGUGAAAAUAUAAGCAUCAAGGUAGUUUAACAGAAAGUUGUAGCUAAGCGCAAUACAUACACACCCCUAGAUGUCAAGUGCAUAUACAUAUUAGUCUAGGUAUUCAGUAGUGCAGAGAACCCCACGCUCACGCAUUAUGAUAAUUUAAUUAGGCGAAACCGGAAUUCAAAAAGUAUAUGCUUGUGUCAGUUUUUCGAACGUUGUCGGUUGUAAUAGCGAAAAAUCUCAUACAAAAUAUAAAUACACCUAGUUACAGAAAAUGUCUGCGUCGAUUGAUUUCUUUUUACACUUCACGCACAUCCCUCGGGCUCUGACCGAGGCUCGAGACAAAAUUCAUAACUUCUAGGCAUAAUUGAUUCGUUGUGAUUGCGCGAAGAUUCUUUUACGUUGCGUAGAGUAGCGAAAACCUGUCGAAACACAUAAGCUACGAAAUUUUGUGCAGGAGACAAAAUCCCAAACCACAUUGGGCGUACAAUUUAGGCAAUGAGGGUAUAGCUUCCUCGCAGUGAAAUAUAUAAGGUUUGAACAUAAGUGAGGAACGACAAAUAUGUACACAUGUUUUUAUAUAACGAUAAGCUCUUUAGAUGUAAGAAAAGUUUUAAUUUUUCACACAGUAGAAGACAAAAAGAUCAUCAUCUAUUUUUGCUUCAACCAUCCCCAUACCAAUAGCAAAAGUUGUACAAUAGCGAAAAAUGCGAAUCAUAUUUUCAAAAUCAAAACUUUUGGGAACCAGCAUAGAAUAGUUUCCGAAUGAGAAACACCGUUUGAUGCCACGAAAUAAAACAAAAAACAACAAAAGGUGAUACAGCGAAAUGAGCUCACCAACGUGUUACAAAAUAAAAGAACUCCCAAAAACAAAACAAUGAAAGCAAAAGCAUUAUAAAGUAAUUUUGAAAACAAUAUUUAUAUAUUGCGACAAAACUCUACAAGCAGCGGGUGGAUGAUCAAAAGAUGUAUGAAAACAUUGUAGCAGAGAGGCAAGUGGAUAUUAUUGUACAUUUGAUUGAUCUUUUUGAAAAGAAAUAAAAUUUUAACUAAUGAUAAA